AUGUUGCCCUUGUCCUUUAUCAUCAACAUCGCUGUCUUCUCGAUUGGAGCAAUGUCGCUACUCGUUGCUAGAGACGCAAUCCAUGUUGAAGAUCUCGAUCGUUACGAUGAAGUCAUGAAGACUGUUGCCGAUAACCACAUUCUCAACUUUUACCCCGAGAAUCAAGUUGUCAAGCUUGAUAUUCAUGAGCAUCCAUCUGAGCAGGUAAUAUGGCGUCACAUGUCGAUCAGAUUCACUGCUAAUCAAUGUCUCAACCAGAUCGUCCGAUCUGAAGAGUUCAAGCCGAGCCCCGACGCCGAUGCCUACUUCGAACAGGAGAAAGAGUUACAGCAGCAAUAUCUGCACCGAUCGACUGGGGAUGGGGCGCUGGAGGACAGGAAUGCCUGCCCGAGGGGAGAGGAACCUCAGUUUGAAGCUCGUGCGAGCUCGCGCUGCUUCCAGUUUUGUGGGUACAUCGGCCAUUGCUCGGAUCGAGCCUGUCCUCAUUGCUACUAUGUCGGAGGAGGUUGCCAGUGGCAGAAAUGGUGUCGCGCGUAG